CUCUGGAGUUAAAUAUUCUGGAGUUAGGCAUAAAAGUGCGCAAGAGUUACAUUCCAGGAGUUUAUUUUUCACCUUAUACUACAGUCAGUGUUGGGGAGUACUCUCAAGCGGUGUAAUAUUUAGGUGUUCAUUCACUGAGUGCUAAGGAGUCUAAUUCAACACUUGCUGGUGUUGUUUGUCUGUCGACCGUUACCCCGCCUAUCUGUGCUUGUCUCUUGGACUCCGACAUGUAGGAGGUAAAAAUACUUUAUUUACUUUGGGAUUUUCUGUGAGUGGUGUGACGUUAUUUGUAUAUAUAUUUGGUUACAUGGAUGCAUAAGUAAAAUAUAAAGUUAACUAACUAGCACUACACGUGUUUUCUGCAUGUUACGCUGAUUCGGUGAUAGCAGCUAAGCUAACAUUAGUCAAAAGUUAGCUAACUAACUUAUCUUACUGUAUUUGAAGAUACACAUUUCACGUUGUCAAUGAAAACGUUCAUUUGUAUUUCUUUUUUUUAACACUAACCUUUCAUUUAACGUUAGCUAACUACAGUAAUAUUAUGUUUAGACCCAUAGUAAUGGCCGUAUUUAACCAAAGAGAGGUGCAGUCUGCAUUGAUGAGAUAUCAAGGUACCAUUAACAUCAGUUAGUUAGUCCUGCUUCACAUUGAGAUAUGCACACAACCCUGUUGCCAGACCUGAAAAGACAAGGACACGGCAAACAUGUGUCACAUUGUCUGCUAAACCUAGCCUAGCUAAAUAGAUUUUAAGCAGUAGCUAGUGGGGACAGGCUAACUCAAUUUUAGAAAGUGUUUAUGGAUUAAGUUAUACACAGUUCACAUAAAGUUACCAUAAACAGCCUCUUCUUCUUCCACAUGUUGUGUUUCAUAUUAGUAAAGGUUUUUUUCUGUAGGUGGCCAAGAUGUUGAUAAAAGUAAAACACAGAGAGACAAAGAAAUAUGUCAAAUUGGAAGAAGUCAGCUUCACAGAUUUUAUGAGUGCAGUGCAGCAGAAGUUUCUCAUACCAGAAAAUGCAGCACUGAAAGUCACGGAUGAGCAGGGUAUAGAGGUGGAUGAGGAUGUCUUUCCUGAACUUGCAGGAGUCAAAGAGGUGUGUUUUGUCAUCUAUACAGCUGAAGACAUCCUGGAAACAGAAUCAUCCAAGAAGCUGCGUGACUGCUCAGACCUAACACACUAUGUGACACUCACACCUUGUGAUUUGACUGUCCUGAAGCAACAUGUGGAAGAGCCCUCCUCUCCAAGUCUAACAGAUACAUUGUCUGUCUCAACCACCAGCAGUCAGAGCAGUGACACAAGUGAUGCCGGACUUCAAAUGGUUCAGCCUCUAUUGGACAGCAUACAUGCAAGAAAUACAGUGGAGCAGAUUCUGACUUCCAAACCAGCAGGGGUGACUGUCAUCCAUGAGUAUGAAAAAACUGGGAGUUUGAAAGAUUCCACCAGGCGAUUAAUGGUGAACAUCAUUGUAGCUCACAUGCGUGAAAAGGAAGGGAGAACUGUAAGUAAAGCAACAAAGGAGUUUCAUGCGCUUGGAAUCGUGUCACUCUUCCCAUCUUUGAAGGAUCCGUACUCCAAAAAGGGAUAUGAGCAUUUCUAUGACAUUCAGAGCAACAAAGGUUUUCUUGAGUGGCGUAUCAAGACUGUGCAACGUCAAUCCAAAACCCCCACUGCAUCACAGAACAGAGUGGAACUGAAAGGAGGGCCCACAUCACAAAGGACGUUUGGUUUCACUAAUGACCAGCAAACAAGAGAUCAAUGUAUGGAAGCCAUGUCUCUUCUUCAUCACACCACUGACCAAGAUAUAGUCUUCCAGAAGAUGAGAGAGACAUUCUACUAUCGUCAGCAGAUACUCCAUGACCCACAAGAAUCAGCAAACAUUCUUCAGAUGUUUCCUCGUUUUUUGGACACUAAAGGACUGAUUUUGCAGGACUUUGCAAUGAUGUUUGGAGUAGAGACUGCUUCCAGGUUCCUGGAAAAAUGGAACACCAGUUUUAAAGAUAAGGUUGCCAGGGAAGCCAGAGACCUUAAAGAGAUUUGUCUUCUGAAAAGAUUGCUGAAAUCUGCCUUGAACGAAGAAAUGGAUGAUGCUGAUGAGCCAGAGUGGGACAGCGACAUGGCUUCUCUUCUUGUUCUGCUGCACCUUCUCACGCCACAACCAGCUGGAAGGAAACGGCCAAAGAAGAUGAGUGUUGGAGAGGCAAUAGAUCAUCUGGUUAAAUUUCACAAGUCCUGCCAGAGCCUUGAGGAUCACCUCAUGAACAAUGAAGGAAACCCUCAGCCAUAUCUCCUGGCCACAGGGACUUCAAAAGCACAGGUAAAUGAAACCAUUCCUAAGAAGAUACUGGUCCUAGAAAAGGAGAAAUUAAGACAUUUCAAAUGUUUUGAUGCCCAAAUGUCAUAUGGGUGUGAUUCACAAUUGUAUGUUGUGUCAGAGAGUUGCAUUAUUUAAUUUGUUGGCUUAAUGGAGACCUUAUAGAGUCUUCCUCAUGUUAACACUGCAUUACAAGAAGUGCUUAUUCUGUAGUCAUUUUUUUUCUUUAAUUCAGUUUUUUUUUCUUUUCCCCAAUGUUAGGCCUAUCUGACCACACAAUGUCCCAACUGUUUAGCUGCCAUAAUUGUUGCUGUUUCAAUGUUGAAUGUUACACUAUUACAGUGCUGUUACACAGAAUGUAUGUUAGUCCAUGCAGCAUUGAAUUUUGAAUAUGAUAUUUUUGAUAAAUAAAAUUCAUACAUUCAUAAUAA